AUGCCAAACCAACCUGCAGAGUCCGGUACGCCACCUGGUGGCGCGCCCGUAACCUCAUCUUCCGGAAAUGAACCCAUCCGUCCAAGCGACUCAGAAUAUCGCAGUCUGAGCAGUACGGCUUCCGUCUCUUCCAGUAUCCUCGAGUAUCGUCGGCUUCAGGGGCGCACUUACCAUAGCGAGAAGUUCGAGCUGAAUUAUUUCCUUCCCAACGAUGACCCCUUACUGGAGUCUCUAGACUUGACUCAUCAUUACCUGACAAUUCUCUUGGAUGAAAAAUUGUUCCUCGCCCCUGUGAAGGAGGAAAACAUGCAGCGAGUCCUUGACGUUGGUACUGGAACUGGUAUCUGGGCCAUCGAGUUCGCGGAUCGGUACCCUGGUGCCGAGGUUAUAGGCACCGAUCUCUCUCCAUGCCAACCUCAGUGGAUCCCCCCCAAUGCCCGCUUUGAGAUCGACGAUGCGACCUUGAUAUGGACCUGGGACCAAGAUCAGUUUAACUUUAUACAUAUACGCUACCUAUUUGGCGCCGUCAAGGAUUGGGGUGGUCUAUUCAAGGAGGCCUACCGCUGUUGCGCCCUAGGGGGCUGGGUGCAGUCGACCGAGGCCAAUGUCGAGUUCCGCAGUGAUGAUGGAACUGUCGACAAGGAGCCUAGUCUUCAGAUGUUUACUAAGCUUUUUCAAGAGGGCGGCAAAGCUUUGGGCCGCCCCUUUUUUGUUGAUGAUCUGCAGGAAACGGAAUUCAGAAAGGCGGGCUUUGUAGAUGUCCAAGUCAUCGAUCACAAGCUUCCGGUUGGUGGCUGGCCCAAAGAUCCCAAGCUGGCCCAGGUUGGUCAGUUUGUCAGAGCCGCCUUGGAAAAUGACCUCGAGGGGUUGACUCUCAUGAUGUGGCACGAUUUGUUACAGUGGCCUAAGGAUGAGUACCAGUUGUUUCUGAUGGGCUUGCGAAAGGGGUUGCAAAACUCAAAGGUCCAUAGCUACAUGACUGUACGCUAUGUUUAUGGACGCAAGCCCGAGUAA